AUGUUAUGGAUGGAUUGGUCUGAGAGGGAAUCUUUGGUUGAGUUCUGGGCUUAUGUUAAAGAACAUUUUGGGUUCUAUCUCAGCCAAGACUGUGUCUUGUACCAUGCUUUUCAACUUGGUACAAGGGAAGAGAAAAAGCUCAAGUCCCUUCAUGCUGCUUUUAGUAGCACAAGCACUCUCAUUGGCGUGGACCCAUUGGCGCAACUUUCUGGGAUGGCACAAUGCCCUUGGGAGGUUACUGCAAUUUGGAGCGAGAAGAUCGCGACUCGGGUAGGUUUGAACGGGGGCCGAACGGCGAGAAUGCCGUCGGUGGGGUUGCGGAGGACGACGAGGGUGUUUGGGGUGAUUAAGGGAGUUGAUGGGGCCCGGGUAUUGAGGUCUGGGCGGCGUUUAUGGCCGGAAUCCGGUGAUGGCAAACUCAGGAGAAGCAGUGAUGGUGACGAGUGGUACCACACUAUAAUCAAGAACGCUAACAACCAGCAGACGAAGAAUCAAAAUAACAAUAAUAAUCUGAAGUACAAGGAGAAUAGUGGGUGGGCACAUGAUGAUAAACUGAAGAAAGAUCGUGGUAUUGUUAUUGCCAUUGCAGCACCUAAGAGAAUUAAGAGGGUUAAGAUUGAGAAGCAGAAGUUUGGGAUUGUUUAUAGUAGGAAAAGGAAGAGACUUGGUGGUGAAAAGAGUGAAAAUUCGGAGGAUAAGAAGUUUGGGAUUCAGUUUUCACGUAGGCAGCGAAGGAGGAAGGAUGAUGAGAGUUCGGAGAGUCUUGUGUGUACUCCGGAUCUUGUUGUUUUAGUUAAUGGUUGUAGUAGUAGUAGUAGUAGUAGUAGUAAUGGGUUGUCUUGUUUUUUGAUUUCGGUUCUGAGGCAUAUCAAGAGGGCCAUUAUGAGUGUUUCUGAGCUUGCUGAUUUUCUCUUGUUGGAGCCGAUUAGCAGUGUUUUUGCCUCAAAUGGACUUCAUUUUGUGCGGGAACUUCACUCUGAUAGAAUUGGAAUUUGCAAGUUUUUUGAGACUAGGAAGCUUCUGCCGAUGUUUUCCCUGGAUUUUUCUGCAAUUCCUUCUUUUUUUGUGUACAUGCAUCUCAGUUUGUUUGUUAGGUUUAAAUGUCUGUCUCCUAUACCUGUAAAUAACUCAUUGGAUGAGGAGGACGACGACGACGACGACGGUGGUGGUGGAAUGAUGAGUGAAAGUAAAGUAGAUGAAUCAUGCACUUCUACAAAGACAGAGUUUGCUCAGAAAAUUACGGCUGUGCCCGAAAUUGAUAAUCAUUGGAGUAAGGUGGUGGUACAUCCGUCUGUUAGAGCUUCCAAGUUAGCUGGUAGAAACACCCAGUACAGAAAUGGAUUAAAUUCCCGCAGUAUUCAGAAAAGGAGGAGCUCCCUCAGGAGAGGGAGACCUAGAAAUUCAUGCAUAGCUGGAUUGCACAAAGCUAAUGGUGCUCUAGUUUCUGAUUUGAUUAGUAGUAGGAGAAAUGGCAUCCCAUUCUCUUCUAUUGUGUCUAAGGACAAGCUUAGAAGGUCAAUGCGUUGUAGCCCUGUGGCAAAUGUCAAAGAGAUGAAUUCUGCUGCAGUUGGAGUGAAGAAGGACGGGAACCUGUCUAGCUGCUGUGCAAAUAUACUGGUUACUGAAACAGACAGAUGUUACAGGAUAGAAGGGGCCACUGUCAUGUUAGAAUUCACUGAUUCAAGGGAGUGGGUGCUUGUGGUGAAGAAAGAUGGGUUAACUCGAUAUACCCACCUGGCACAAAAAAUUAUGAGGACUUGUGCUUCCAACCGUUUCACUCAUGAUAUCAUUUGGACUGGGGAUGACAAUUGGAAGCUAGAAUUCCCUAACCGACAGGACUGGUUCAUUUUCAAGGAUUUGUACAAGGAAUGCUCCGAUCGCAAUAUUCCGGCUUCUGUUUCCAAGGCCAUCCCUGUGCCUGGAGUACGAGAAGUUUUAGACUAUGAGGGUGGUGGCAGUGCUCCCUUUUUUAGACCGUAUGCAUACAUCUCUUGUAAUAACAAUGAGGUUGCUAGAGCUUUGGCUAGGAGCACAGCAAGUUAUGACAUGGAUUCUGAAGAUGAGGAAUGGCUUAACAAGCACAAUAAUGGUUUUUUAGCAGAAUCUGAUCAUCUUUCAGAGGAUAACUUUGAGUUAAUGAUUGAUGCUCUUGAGAGAUCAUAUUACUGCAAUCCGGAUGACUUCAUUGAUGAGAAUGCAGCAGCAAAAUAUUGUGAGGAUUUUGGUAGGAGGGAAGUGGCUGAAGCUGUGUAUGGUUACUGGAUGAAAAAAGGAAGCAGAAACGAUCACCGCUGCUUCGGGUUUUUCAGGUAA